AUGGCGAUUUCCGGCCACCUUGCUCGCUGUGCUCCCCUCGACCCCCCUCACUCCUCCACAGCUAGGGCUUCGAGAAUUCCUUUCCUGAUUCGCUUCCGUCCGAUUCCCCGUCGUCAUCUUCCCCGGCGGAGAGUCGCCGGAGUACGAUCCGAUGCUGCGAUCCCCCUCGAUCGAUCGCUUUCCUCGCUGCCGAGCACCUCGGACAAGGUAACGGUGCUGGUGGGGCAGCCAGGAGGGAAGAUGGUGGCGGAACUGGUGGGGGUAUUCAAUGAGCUGACGGAGCGGAUGGGGACGACGGCCCUCUCCACGUGCUCCACUCAGCUCCUCUUCAGAUCCCUUACGCUGUCGAUACCUCUCCUCCGGAGGAUGCCUGUGGGGCCAGACGGACGACCUCCGCUCUCCAGGGCCCUCGCCAUUGCCUGCACCCUCGCCGAUCUCCAGGUAUACUUUCCGGUCUUCAUCCCAUCUCUUCUUUUUCAGUAUAAGAUUUAUGUUCGUCAGAAUCACUCUUGAAAUAAAAUUCCUGGCGCAUUCCAUGCCCCGUGGUUUCAGCUGAUUUUUCCGAUUCAUCUACAGAUUAGAUGCCCCCCCCCCUCCCCAACCCCCCACUCUGAUCAAUCAUUCCCGUGAAGAACAUUUGGAACAGAUUUAUAACUUCUCCGCGAUGUUACUCCAUCACGCGUUCGUUCGUUCCUUUGAAUUUGCAGAUGGAUGCAGAAGUCAUCUCUGCAGGCAUGAUGAGGGUGCUGUUGGAGGUGCGCGCAAUAAGCUUGCUCGAGGUCAAGAAGCAGGUUGGCGUCGGCAUCGCUCAUCUGCUGUACGAGAGCUUGAGGAUAAGGAAAAUCCGUUCAAAAGUGGAAACCCUGGACGACGAGAGUGCAGCUGCUCUGAGGAAGUUCUGCUUGUCCUACUACGACAUCAGGGCAAUCAUUCUGGAGCUCUCUCUCAAACUUGACAGGAUGAGGCAUCUGAGCUACCUCUCCAGGUACCACCAGCAGAGGCUCUCUCUCGAGGUGAUGAGGAUAUAUGCUCCCUUAGCGCACGCCAUAGGCGCCACUGCCUUAUCACUGGAGCUGGAGGACCUCUCCUUCCAGCAUUUGUUCCCCCAUUCUUACCAUUCUGUGGAUGAAUGGCUGAGCCAUGAGGUGGGAAGAUCCUCCAUAAACACCUACAGGGAGGAUUUGCUUGAGGCUCUGAUCAGAGAUCAGGAGCUGUCGAGUUUGGUCGACGACAUUGCAAUCAAAGGUCGGCGUAAGAGUCGCUUCAGCACCAUGAAGAAGCUGCUGAAGGACGGCCGCAGACCUGAGGAUGUGAAUGACAUUCUGGGCUUACGGGUCGUUUUGAGUCCAAGGCCUGGGGAUAAUAUGCUCGAAAGAGGUCGUCGAGCGUGCUACAGAACGCACGAAAUAAUCAGGUCCUUGUGGCAUGAAAUCCCAUCCAGGACGAAAGAUUACAUAGCCAGACCCAAGCCAAAUGGGUACAGGAGCUUACAUGUGGCUGUUGAUAUCAGUGAUGAUGACAAGCCCAGGCCACUGAUGGAGGUUCAGAUCCGUACUAAAGAAAUGGACACACUGGCCACCGGUGGAUCUGCCUCCCAUUCAUUGUACAAGGGUGGCCUCACGGAUCCUUCUGAGGUAUGAUCUUCCGGGCCUGGCCCUCUUCUUUUUUUUUAAUGAUUUCUCCACGAGUUUGUUAUUUUCAUUAGUGAUUGUAGAUAUGCUGUAAAACAUCUGUAUGACAAGGAACAGUCUCAACAGUCUUUAGAUGAUUCUGUGUGCUUCUACCUCCUGUUCUGCUAAUAGUUGAAAAAAAAAAACAGCAUUCUGUAGUUAAUUACAUCCGAAAUGGGGAAAGUCAAUGUCCCAUCUCCCUGUUUUCUCUUCUAUAUAUGUGUAUGAUUAUGACCCGUACAAUGAUUGAGAAACACUACCAUGUAGGCACAUGUUUCUUCGGCUUACGUUUUGCACAUAUGAUCCCCCGACUUUAAGCUUUGACUUUUGUUUGCUAUCAUUCAGGCAAAGCGAUUGAAAGCCAUAAUGAUGGCUGCAGCUGAACUCGCAGCCCUACGCCUUAGAGAUCCUGCUGAUCUGAAAGAGACUGUUGGAGUCGAGGCUGAGGCUGAGGCUGAGAAAAAAGAUCGAAUGUUUCAUCUUCUUGAUACAAAUGGUGAUGGUAGGAUCAGCAUAGAGGAGCUUACAGAUGUGAUGAAAGGGCUUGGAGCAACAGGAGACGAUGCUCAGGAACUCAUGCAACUGUUGGAUGCUAACGGGGAUGGGUCACUGAGUUCCAAUGAAUUCGACUCAUUUCAGAGACAGGUGAAGUUCAAAGUUUGUAGCAAGUAAACAUACUAUAUGGAAUUUUCAUUGCAUUUCCGCGUGAAUCUUGUCUGAAAACUGAUAAUUUAUUGCCUGCGUAUCACGAAGUUAAUGCCCAGAAAAAUAUUACUAUCUAUGACAGACUAUGACUGAAUCUUUGUGCUGGCUUCUGGCCUGCUGGAUCCCUCAAUCCAUAAGAGUAUGACUGAAUCUCUGUAUAAGAAUCCGUCCAAGUUGUUUGAUUGACAUGAUUAUACCAAUUGUGUCAACUGUUCUGAAAAUGUUAGCCUUCUAUUUCGGCCUUUGACCUCCACAUACUCAUGCUAUUCUUUCUUGGAUGCUUCUCAGGUAAAACUUUUAAGUAGCUUGGAAGACAAGGAUGACCACUACAGAACCGUAUUGAGCAAAAAGCUUCAGACUGCCGAUGAUACUGGCUUAAUCAAGGUUUACCAUAAACAGUUGGGCGACAAAUUGGCAGUCAGCUGA